AGCGCACGUGUAUGCCGGUUUAUCAAAGCUCGCUUGUGCACUCGUCGGUGCGGCCGGUCGCGCGCGCGCGUCUCUACCCUCUCGCUCGAACCGCGUGUACGUACGUGUGCCGCGAACACGCCAAAAGAGAACCGUGUCUGUCGGAGCGUGAGUUUCUCUCCCUCUCUCUGUGCUUGUCCGUCUGUUCUCUUCCCGACUGGAAGCAAGUCGGAGAAGCGAGCGAACAGAGGCUGACGGAGCCACGGUUUCCACGCGAGCAGAAGCGUGUGUACGUCGUCGGUAGUGGUCGUGGGAGCCAGUCGUGUGCGUGCCAGUGUUCGUGUUCCUCGCGGAGGGCAGUGCGUUUUGUCGCUUUCGCAGGAUCGCUACGUUUUCAUAGGCGACGACUCGCUCCGACGUUCGGGGAACAAAAUCUCGUUCGAAAGAGGAAACCGUUUUACGCGGUACAGGCGAAUUCGCGUGCGAAAUGGCGUUUGAUUCGUCGCGCGAACGACGCUCCUCUUGUGCCAGUGACGCUUGAGUGUGAGAAAGUUUCCAGUGAUUCGUUCGCUGUACCGGUUCGAUCCUUUUUUCGGAUCGGGACGCGAAACGGGAAGCGAGGAAUCUCGUGGCGAAACGAUCGAGCCGGUACACGAGUCCCGGCGCGAGUUCGACGUGGGCGGAAUCGUGGCUCGAGGUUGAAGGGUCGAUAUGGCGUGAAGGGUUCUCCGCGCGGUGCCAAAAUAACGCUGAAACGGUGCAUUCGAUUGGCCACACGGACGUGUGCUCUCCCCUCGACGAUCGCAUUAUGUCCCGACAUCGUUGUAAUAUUUCUCCGAUUUCUCUCGAACGAUGCCGUUUCGUGUUUUCUUCGUGGUGCGUUGACACCGACCGUUAGAAAAAUAUUCGCGUUGCUUUCGCUUCUGCGAGUAUCGACAGAAGCCUGACUGCGUAAGCGAGAAACUGCUCGUCGACGUCGCUCGAAAUACGUGUCAAUGUCAUCCGCUUUGAUAAUUAUUCUCAAAUAUACUCUAUUCGCUGCACACCGAAGAAAGGCGCCGAUCUAUUUCGCGAGAAUUUCCUUCGGAGCAGGAUCGGUCCGAUUUUGGCCACGAUGACAGCUAAAACGAACCCGUACGGUCGUCGACAAAAGGGCAACACCCUUCACCGUUCAAUCUCCCGUCUGCCUACGGAACGACGUCUCGUAAAACGAAUCGAUUCGUGUCUGUCCGUUGAUCGUUGUGCACGAUCCCACGCGACACGGUGUCACCGGUGCGACCGACCUAUGCAAAUACACCUACGCUGCAUAAUGCAGUUCGAUUCUGGGAGGACCCAGUUAUAUGCGCGUUUUUCUUCGAACACUCGUCAAAUCGAAUGUUUCUCGUCGCGAAGGGUAUUGAAAUCGGAAGCAUGUCUCUCGCUCUUCCGGCCAGCUGACAUCUUUCCGAUGAAACGGAUGCGGCCAGGACAUCGUCGUUGAAACGGUAACGAGCCUACGGAUAUACCAAGAAACUUUUCCCAGAACGA